AUGGUAGACCCUUUAACAGCACCGCAGCCCGCCUCCAACUACAAUGGCUAUUAUCUCAACAACAGCAAUAAUAACACCACAUCCAACUUGUUGGCAAACACCAGCACCGCCAAUACUCCAGAUAGCUUGAAUGCCAUCAACAACAACUUGUUGAAUAACCCCAACUACGCCAACAAGAACUCCACCAACAUCCAGGUACCCUCUGAGUACGAUAGGUAUCCGUCCAUAAACGGCUCACGGGUGGUGAGCUCGACGUCGUUAUCUUCGACUUUUUUCGCCAACGCUGGCCAGGCCGGCGGUGCCGCCAGCAACCUCAACUCUAAGAGCGACACGGGUUCCUCGGUUUCUAACCGGUCUGCCUCUAACCCGUUCUUGAACUCGGCAGACUUUUCUCCGUUUGGUGGAUACCCAGCCUCGUCUUUCCCAUUGCAUAUCGAUGAGAAGGAGCCCGAUGACUACUUGCAUAAUCCAGACCCAAUAGCUGAUGCUGCCUAUGACAAAAACAGAUUUAUACAUGAUUUGAGGGCCUUGGACAAAAGAUCCUUGGGUGGGUUGCUUACGUUUAUCGGGUUAUUCAUUGCCGCCAUGGCCAUUUUCGUGGUAUUGCCUGUCGUCACCUUCACAGGUGUUGCUCAUCACUACACUCCAGAGACCUACGAAAUAUUAACCCAUUAUUCAUAUCCCAUCAUGGCCAGUAUCCGAACCGCUUUGGUUGAUCCAGAUACCCCUGAAGAUGCAUUAACCAAGAAGACCAGAUCUGGUGAUACUUGGCCUUUGGUGUUCUCUGAUGAGUUUAAUGCUGAAGGUAGAACCUUCUACGAAGGCGAUGACCAGUUCUUCUACGCUCCAGACUUUCAUUAUGCGGCCACCACCGAUUUGGAAUGGUACGACCCUGAUGCCUGUACCACUGCCAAUGGUACUUUGGUGUUGAGAAUGGACGCUUUUAAGAACCAUAACUUAUUAUACAGGUCCGGGAUGAUCCAUAGUUGGAACAAGAUGUGUUUCACCCAAGGGUUGAUUGAAAUUUCCGCCAAAUUACCUCAUUACGGUAACAUUUCUGGGUUAUGGCCAGGUUUAUGGACCAUGGGUAACUUGGGAAGAGCUGGUUAUAUGGCUUCUACCGAAGGAGUCUGGCCUUACACCUAUGAUUCCUGUGAUUCUGGUAUCACUGCCAACCAAUCUUCUUUAGACGGUAUUUCUUACUUGCCAGGCCAAAAAUUGAACGUUUGUACCUGUAAAGGAGAAGACCACCCCAACAGAGGAACCGGUAGAGGUGCCCCUGAAAUCGAUUUGAUUGAAGGUGAAGUGUCAACUGAAGUGUUGGUUGGUAUUGCUUCUCAAUCCAUGCAAAUUGCUCCAUACGAUAUUUGGUAUUAUCCCAAUUAUGACUUUGUGGAAAUUUAUAACUUAUCCGUCACAAGUAUGAAUUCAUAUACUGGUGGGCCUUACCAACAAGCUGUCUCGGCCGUCACAACCUUGAACAAUUCGUGGUACGAAAGGGGAGGUGGUGAACACCACUUUCAACAUUAUGGCUAUGAGUAUUUGAAUGAUGACACUGAUGGAUAUUGUACAUGGUAUGUUGGUGAUGAACCAACCUUUACUGUUUAUGCCAAUGCCUUAGCUCCAAAUGGUAAUAUUGGCUGGAGAAGAAUUUCCAAAGAACCCAUGAGUAUCGUGAUGAAUUUUGGUCUUUCUAAUAACUGGGCAUAUAUUAACUGGCCUUCCCUUAUUUUCCCAUCCGAAUUGAGAAUAGACUAUGUCAGAGUCUAUCAACCAAGUGAUCAGAAGAGUGUCACAUGUGAACCUGAUGAUUACCCAACUCAAGACUACAUCAACGAUCACUUAAAUGCCUACCAGAAUGUCAAUCUCACAAGUUGGACAGAUGCAGGUUACACAUUCCCUAAGAACUCUUUAGUCAAUGGAUGUUAG